AUGACCGCGGCACGGGGCACGUCGACGUCCAGGUGGGACUACCGCGGCAACUUGACGUGGCAAAGCAAGGUGGUUGUGCAGGUGCCCCAAGGUUUGGGUGUUAUGUUGAAGUCGCCGAUCGUGGAAUCGUUUGUCGGUGACUCGUUUGUUGCAUUCAACACAUCGGUGUCGUUUGUGAUGAGCAAUGUGACGCUUCAUAUGAUGGAUGAAGUUUUGUUGGAAUGCUCGUUGUUGGGCAAGGCAAGCGCCCGAUCCGUGAGUGUGUAUGCCGUGGAAUCGCUUUCAAACUAUCCGACAUCACACUUUGGUGGUCCUAUGUCGAAUGGUCAGUUUACGGUACCCAGUCGGUCCAUGGACGGUGACACACAACGGACGCUGCGUGUUGUUGUCGUACAAGUUCGUAUGCCCUUUGGGUUUGUCGGAACCGUUCCGUAUGUCAUCCGACUCGGCGUUCGACGAACGAGCUGGAACUCGCAAUUUGUUUACCACGGCAACUUUACAGUCGAAGACUUGGAAAUCCCCUGGCCAGUGUCCAUUUUGCUUCCGUACCAACCGACACUUGCGUUUGGUGCAUGGACUCCGUUUGUCCUGAACGUGACGAACGUGACUGGGCUUGUCGACGUGUCGCUGAAGUGCUCUGACGAUGUGACUGUGUAUCAAGACGGUAAGUGGAUUCUAGGCGACGCUGGAGGUUUCCACGUCGCGACCGUGUCGAAUGAAUCGUUGGUGUCGUGGACAAUGUCUCCAAACGUUGUUGCAAGGACGUCGACUACUGUCCAGUGCAAUGCAACCACAGCGUCCGUGGACAUUCCAUCACACUCGACGUCAGUCUCCUGGACUUACGAGUACUUGCCAAACACUUCGCCAAUCAUGCUGCCGUCGACGGUACUGCGAUUCACGGUCGCGUUCAAUGCGACGGUGAAACUGGACUUGUCAACGCUCUUCACGGACGAUCCGGACGUCCGUUCCUUCGCCACGACAGAAUGCUCCUUGUCGUGGAACGCAUCGCACAUCCAAUGGAUCGAGUUGGACGAAGUGGCUGUCGCCAGCUCGUUCCAGCAAGUACGACAGCCACUCAUGAACUGUUCCAACACCUCCAUCGUGCAUGUGCAUCCUGCCGUGGGAUUCCUUGGCGACGCACGAGUUAUCUUGCUGAUAUCAAGUCACUCGACGGUGAAGCCAGUCACUCUACAAUUCCAUGUGCAAGCGCCUAUCCCAACCCUCCGCGUUUUUGCACAAUCUACGUCAUCAUCGAUUCAAUCCCGCGCGUCGUUGGUGCUUCUAGAAGCAAGCGCACCCCAUCCUUGCCAUCUCCAACUCCAGAUGGCGGACUUGGUCCGAUUUCAGUUCCAAGGUCAAACGUAUACGGGCAACGUGACGUUAACGCAGCGUUCCCUGCGACAACAAGCUAUCUCCAUUUUACCCCCGGACCAGUACAUGCCUCGUCAAGUGGUAAAUCUCAGUGCGUUCUCGACGUGCCCCUUUGCCCAAAGCAUGGCCGUAUCGACCCAAUUCAUCAUCUACUGGCUGAGGGCAUCUCCCCCAUCGCUCAACGUGUCUUGCCCACUGCGCAUCCUUGCAACAGAUGCCUUGUUGGCAAACAUCACGUCGGCAUUGCAUCCGCAAGACGCUGACACAGGCAAACUAACGCUGGACGUGGUGUUCAAUUCAAGUCAGCUCUCGUUAAACAAUCGCGCGACCAUGCUCGAGCCCAAUCGCUUUCGCGUGGACGCAGGGCAACCAUAUGCCUCGUUCAUACCGCUUCGUUUCUUCUCCGGGGUUGUCGCCGUUCGCUUUAUCUUGACAAGUUAUGCAUUCGACACGACUGCAAGUGCCGUGGUGGACCAGAACAUCAUGGUGCUUCCAGUUGCAUCCAGUCCAGUCGCAAGGUUGACAACGUCGUUGCUGUGCCAGAACGAACCGAUGCAACUAUCGGUUGUCCUGGACCCAGUGUCAGUGACGGGAUACAUCGAAUCGUACCGCGCUCUUUUGAUUCUGGAUGCGCUCAACGUCGCUGCGGUGGCCAACUUGACUUGCGCUGUCGUGUCGACUCGUUUAUACUGCCCCCUCACCCCGGGAUUUGUCAGAUUCUACAAUCAAUCGAUCGUGGUCAUCACGCGCAAGCAGUUUUCUGGCUCCAUGAACGUAUCAACCUUAGUCAUUUCGGCCGUCAACACGCCGCCGGCCUGUCUCGAGAACGCUUUGACUGUCCAGGACGUACAAAGUUGCUGCAGGGACUCGCCAGUUUGCAAUGCAGUCGUGGACCAGUCGACGCUGUACGUUCAAGGAAUUCCUCAGCCACCCGAAUUUGAAGUGACGCCAACUCGCUUGUCAUCGACGAUACAAGGGUCGUCGUGGGUCUUUGUCAGACGAGCUGCACUGGCAGACCCAUCACAAACGCUCGCUAUGUACGUGGCAUGUCCGUUCGGGGUGCUGCGCAAUAUCUCUCAAACGCGCGCUCAGUUGCCAGUGCCUUUGAAGCGAUCCAACUACUCGUCAUCGAUGGAAGCGUACCAAGUGCAGUUGUCUGGCGUAACGAAUUCCAUGGGGAUUGAAUUUGCAUGGCAUUCCGUUCCGUCGACACUGAACAUGACAUGUUCACUUCAUGCAGUUGUGACCGAGCCCUUGGAAGGCACAACGCUUACGACGACUAUAGCGAUUGCUGUCGAGCUUGUCCAAGUGUCUCCAUUGGUACAACUUCGUCAAACGUACUUUGAAAUGGACGAAGGAAGGCCGUUCGCCCUACCACUGGUUGUCUUGCCCACAGUCCAAACCGUCACCCUUGAAUGCCCUCCACGAUUGUGUGCCAAUAUUACGUGGUCGAAUGGGCCCUUGACACGGCAACUUGAAAACGUAGCCGUGCUGUCGGGUGCCGCGCUGCGAAAUGGGUCGUUUGUCGUUACCUUGGUCAACUAUACGACGGGCAUCUUGCCAUUUAAUCUAACAGCAACGUCGUCGGACCGAGCCAUGGCAAACCAAACGAUCCUCGUUCAAGUGGUUGUGCAGGCAUUGCCGACGUUGCCAGUGGUCGAUCUUUCGCCCAAGGUGGCGAUUUCAGCUGCUGAUUACGUCGAUUUUCAACUGCGUAUCACGCCGCUCGACUGGAAUGACGAGCUCAGUGCCGUCGUAUCCGUGCCGUCGCAGCAAUUUGUGUCGUUGUGGAGCCCAGGGUGGACUCAGAAAUCGUCGAAUGACACCGUCGAGGAGUAUUGGAUGCAAAUCUCAUCGCUGAACGAGUCCGUUUGGCACGUCCAAGGGAUAUUACGGCCAAAUGUCACCGCGCCGUUCAUGGUCAAUGUGUACGUGACGAGUACAGUCUCAACGACAAAGGAAACUGCAGUGCAGACGAUUCCACUGACGGUUGUGCCGAGCGUUCCGAUUGCAAGAGUUCUCACGAUUGAAAGCGAAGAAGAUUCGAUCAUUGGCAUUUCCGUCGGCAAUGCAAGGCAUCUCUGGGAUAUGGAAGGCGACGUUGUCGUACAAGUCUGGAUGAAUGGGCAGUCUCGGCUACCACAAACUUUGUCCGGCACAAGCGUGAGAAGCUGGACGGUCCCAAGCAACGUAUCGACGGUGUACAUUCAAAACCAACUGCGCUUCACUGGGUUCCAGAAAGUCUACCUUGUCGGUGACGUGUACACACUCGUCAACAUCGUGGUCAAGCCAAAGCGUUUUACGGCGAGGCUUUCGAUGCCGUCCAGAACGACCGUGGCGCUUUCAAUCGCCGCGCAAACGAGUGUGCAGCUUGCGGUCCCGCGUGGCAUUCCAGUGGCUGGCACUGUUGGACUCCGCUACGUUGGGCCGCAAGGGCGUUUUCGCCUCUAUGCGGUCCAAAACGCAAGCGUUCAAGUUCGCGUGGCCGGUGCGUUUGCCGGUGCCUUCCGGCUCACGCUGGAGAGCGGUGGUGGGUUCCAAAUGUCGUUUGACGUUCGGAUCUUUCCCAUGGCGGUGGUGCCUCAGCUUUCGAAUGCCCCUCCCACCCUUGUUGUGAAUGCUACCCAGACCAGUGUUGUCUUGGCGCCACAGUCCGCCGACGACAUUUUCAUCGUGGACAGCACAACAGGUGUGCAAACCACGUCGCCACUUACAUUGCAAUGGCCUCGGUACCAAACGAGUACAAAAACGUACGUCACGACUGCAUCGUCGACUCAGGUGGCGUCGUCGCCCCUCACCGUGUCAACGGCCCAACGAGUCGUCACAACCACUGUGGCGGUCAUCGCACAGCCCGUUCCGGCUUUGGUGCAGCUGGAGCGCCUCCAAUCGAUCGUCGCCUUUCCGACGUGGACCACGUACUGGAACGACAACAUCACGUGUCGAUUCCAAGUGACGAGCCCUGACACAACGGGAAAUCAGGUGGUUCGAGUGUUUGUGACAGUGAACUCGAGUCAAAUCCAGCUAGUGCGGUACAACGCCACAAGCGUCAGCCCGCCCGCAGACGGCGUGGUGGAAAUUAUUCCCGCCAAACCGACGACAUACUUUGUGCCGUCAAUUCAAUUGGAGCUCGUGCCUCGGUUUGGCUUUGCAGGCGACGUCCUGUUUGGGGUCGUUGCACGAAGCACCGUGCGGGACACGUCCAACUCGGUGGACACUACCGUUUCAUGGAACGUCACCGUCGUCCCCACGGCCUCUGUCAUCUCCCUUCAGUUCAUGGCAGUAAAGUCGAGGCUGCUGGAAACGGACACGAUCAUGAUGAACACGACCGUGGGCACCAUCACGGUGUUGGAGUCGCUAACGCUGACAGUCUCGUCGUCGGCAGCGAAUCUUUCCUUGGUCGAGCCACUCAAAAUCGAGCCCAAUCGGACCUUUUCGCUGCAAAUCGCGCAAUAUUGGUUUGGUGUGUUUGACGUCACCAUGAACGCCACCGUGCAGCACCGUAUUGUCAGUCCCCGCGAUCGCACAGUGGUUUCCCGCACCGUUCGAAUGGAGAUCGUCCCGAUAGCGUAUCCCCCCGUGCUCGUGGUUCCGUACGUCGUACCCAGUGCGCCCCUCAUCUGGUCGCCCUUGUCCAUUACGCAAUUUUCCCCAUUUCUUCCGAACCGAGUUGUGCCACUGGAAACCAUGCGACUCUUCUUGCGGGUGUCGCAGGUGGGUUUGUCGCUGCGAUCGAACACGACCGUGCUUAAAGUCAUGCCGAACGUGAUGCUCGAAGUUCUGCCGUCCGCCCAAGUCAUGGGCACAGGUGGCGUGUACAACGUAACUUUCAUCGCGAUCCACCGCAUUCCGUCCUCCAACACGUCAGCAACCACAACGUCGGAUCAAAUCCUGCGCGUCGCCGGCAUAUCCACCGACGUCAACUCGACCUCGAUCGUUGAAGGACAGGGUAUUCUCCUGUCCGUCGCGUUGCAGGCGCCGCCCCUGAACCCCGUGGCGCUGAAUGUAAUAUGCACCAACUCACAACGAAUCACUCUGAACGCCUCGACGGCAACGCUGAAUGACACGAGUCCAUGGAAUAUCGCACUGGCCACGACACGGGACAACAUUGACCGAGGGGACGUGCGCGUCAACUGUUCGGUCCAGGUAACAACCCAGGAUCCGUAUUACAACCAAGUGGAUGGUGGGCGGACUGGUUUGUUCAUUCAAGACCCGGACGUGUCGGGUUUUGACAUUACUGGGCCGAUGUCGAACCGACGCGUCCAGCUCGUCGUCGCUGAAGGGGUGUUUGGCGACAGCUACGCGAUUCGGUUGAAUACCAUUCCGUUUGCCUCCGUCACAGUCGCUCUCUCAUGUGAACAAGAACGGGUGGGCAUCUUUCCGCCGACGCUGACUUUUUCCCCGGACGACUGGAACGUUCGACAAACCAUCACGGUGAACGCCACCGACGAUUUUAUACGCCAAGGCAUCGUGGACACGUCGAUCGUGCAUUCCGUCGCGUCCGACGAUCCAGUGUAUGCUAGCCUGGCCAACUUCACCGUUGCUCUGAGAACAAUUGAGACGGCGGACCGGACUCCAGCGCCCAUGGCUCAGCAGCUUUACUUUGGAGACACCGGAGCCGACUUGAUUUUGACGUUCAAUCGAGCGGUGGACCAAACCAAUUUUACCAAGUCGAAUUUCUCGUGCGCAGUCGUGUUCAACGUGACGGGGACAGGCCUGUUCGGCGACAACCCCGUGUGUUCCUGGCCCAACACUCGAACCAUUCGUGUUGUGUUGGGGCGAGCUCCCACCGUUCUUCCCAAAGACAUUGUCACGCUGAAUGGCAACGUGUUAAAAUCCACGCCGGAGGCAAUCCUAUCGAUGUCAUCAACGUCGAUGCAGGUGGAGCUUCCUCGAAGGCCCCCCGUUCCACGAACGACCGUGUCAGGGCCACUCAAUUUGGGAUCAUGCGAUCAUUUGUCGUUGAACGCCAGAGCGUCUUCGGGAUCUGGUGGCCGACAAAUGGUAUGGCAAUGGACUGUGGAUCCCCCGGGAAUUCUGGACGGCCUUGGCUUGACCAACCAGACGAUCUGGAUCCCGUCGGACGAGCUCUCGUACGGCGGGGUUUACACUAUAACGCUGACCUUGACAAACUUUUUCGGCAUGAAUGCGACGUCGGACAAACUCGUGGUCACGAAAGCCUCGAUGCCGCUGCCGUCAGUGUACAUUGAAGGCCCUUCGCAAGUUACGCUGUUGCGGUCGCAAUCGUUGCAGCUUUCGUCCGUCGCGUCCGUGUCAACGUGUGGAAAUGCGACAACGAAUCCAUCCAUGGGGUUUGCUUGGUCCGUGAACAACGUGCCCGUCGUGUCGGAGAGUCGAAACCCACGGCAACUCAAGCUGUCCGGACUUGAUGUUGGCGUCCACACCGUGACUGUUCUCGUAUUCAUGUCCGACAGGCCAGAAGUGAACAACACGGCCAGCGUUGCCGUCCAAAUCAAACCGUCGCCGCUGACAGCGCUUAUCGUGGGUGGCAACCGAACUGUCGGGAACGGCGACGACCUCCUGUUGAAUGGGACGCGGUCGUUUGACCCGGACAAUAGAUCGACGUCGUUGGAGUACCUGUGGGCUUGUACGGACCCAAACACGGGACGAACGAGCUGCAAUGGCGAAGCGAUACUAGAUGGUGGCGUCACUACCAUAGCGCGCGACAACUUGCCGCCCAAGCAAGUGAUCCAGAUCACGCUAACUGUGUUUGAUCCUAUGACUGGACGACGGGCAAGUACAUCCAUCAGUCUCACCAUUGUGCUGGGCAAUCCACCAGUCACCAAAAUUGUCUCGCUGGCCACGACCAAGUUCAAUCCAGAUGCAAAAAUCGUCCUCUCUGGCAGCGUGUCUAGUGUGUUGGAUGCUAAACCGACAGCGACGUGGGCCAUUGACGGAGACCAGGAUGGUUCCAUUGCAGCGGCGGCGUUUGGUCUUUCAGCGGCUUCGUUGCGCAUGGUUGUGGUUCCGAAUUCGCUGCGUCCUGGUCGGUCAUACGGAUUCGUUCUCACCGGCAAAGACAAGUUCAACCAACUCAGCAGUGCCACGAUGACCAUUGCAAUGAACGAAGCGCCCACCAGUGGCAACGUGGAAGUGACGCCCGCGUCGGGGACAACGCUGUCGACGGUGUUUCGAAUUUCGUGCAAUGACUGGGUCGAUGAGGACUUGCCGCUCAAGUUUAGCUUCAAGUACAUUGUCGGCGAGUACUCUCCCGACGUGCCGCAAGUCACGCUGAGCGACUACUCGCUCACAACGUCGUUUGACACGGUGUUUCCGACGGGCGGCGGGCCCAACAACACGAUUACCAUCAUUAGCUACAUUGCCGACGCGCUCGGAUACACGACGCAGUCCAUUUCGACGGUCCAAGUCACGUUACCCCAACUGGACGCGGAAGCACAGGCAUCGUUCAUGCAAAACCAAACGAGUGAGCUCGAAAACUUAGCAUCCAGCAAAGACCCUGGCAAAGUCCUGAACAUGGUCAACAUCUUGGCGUCGAUGAUGGCCCCAACGGUGAAUGACACCGAGGUAGAAACGACGCCUACUCCAUCGCCGACGACGGCAGCGCCUAGUGCCACCGACAGCGCAGGAUCGCCAGCACCAACGCCGGUUCGUACUCGCCCUCCAAAGCGCUGCCCGACAGCGAUCUCUGGCACGUCGUGCUCUGGACAUGGGAGCUGUACGACGAAUCCUCCGCAAUGCAGCGACGACAUAUUGGAGUGUACUGCGAUUUGUACGUGCGGCAACUCGUGGUAUGGCACGGAUUGCAGUACGUCCCAGGAGGAUUACGACAGGAAGCAAAAGAUGCUUGGGAGUUUGCUCAACUCGAUGGCGAUUGCCAACGCAAAUGUUGAACCGACCCCCCAGGCUCUUGAACAGCAAAGUUCCGCCGUGGCUUCCAUCGCUGCCAACGUUGCCGUGCUGAGUCCGACGCAGCAAUCGCAGGCACUGGAUUUGGUCGCCAACAUCCUCAGCUCGUCGUCAUCUGUCACAUUGUCGCCCGCGACGACGGCAGCUGUCGGUCAGUCCAUUUCGAGUCUAUUGGAUGCCACGCCCGUCGCGUCGACAGUGUCGCAAAGCGGGCAGCGGCUACUGCAAGGGCAAGACGCCAAGAGCACCCGUGUCGGCAACACGGUGUCGAUGCUAGCGACCUCGAUGCUGAGUGACCACGAGCCUGGGGAGGUUGCUGUCCAGCUCAACACAAAAAACUUGAAGCUGACGCUGCAGCGCCAUGAACCAAGCGAAUUGUCCACGACUGUGGUCGAUUUGCCUUUGACAGCAGAGCAAAUCAAGCGAAACUACACGAGCCCGUCGUUUGCGUUUCCAGACACCUUUUCAACGCACGGGUGCGACGAUUUUGUGGACUCCCAUGCUGCACUGUAUGCGAGCAAUCUCUACAGCGACGAAAGCUCGGCGCUGGUCAACUCGGCCGUGAUGGGGCUCAACUUGAAGUGCGGCGACAAACCUCUGCCCGUGGCCAACCUGUCCAAAGGCUUUGUCAUCCGCAUGCGCAACAACAUGCAAUACCCCGCACCGCCGGCGCCAUCGAACGGCACCGUCCAGUGCUUUGCCAAUGACACCACGGUGACGAACAUCACUUGCGACGCGGCCAACCAACUGUUCAAGAUCGUCGCAUGCAACGGCACGAUGAACUACACCGUGUUGUACACGUGCCCGCAGUACGUUCCCGUGUCCGUGUGUCGAUAUUGGGAUGCGUCGUUGGGAGCGUGGUCGUCGGAAGGGUGUGUGCAGGUGUCGGAUCCAGAUCCAGACUACAUUGUGUGCGAGUGCAAUCACUUGACCGACUUCACAUCGCAAGUGAACCAAGCCCUUCGAGCCGUCGAGGACAACGUCGUGGCGGUGUUUUCGCACAAAACGACGCUGGAAGACGUCAAGCAGAAUAUUCAAGUCGUCGUGACGAUGGGGAUCUUUUUCAUCUUGUACGGAGCAGGACUGCUCUACGGCAUGCGGCGCGACCGUCUCGACGCGAUCGGGUACUCGCAAGAGCUCAAGAAACUCAUGGAAGUGAAGAAUGUCGACAUGACCAACCUGUUCCAGUUGCCCAAGGUCCUCAGUGCCAAAACCCGAACUGAAAAGUUGAAAGCGCUGGUGCAUGGAUUUUGGAAUGGCAUGACCUCGAAACACCAACUGCUGUCGAUCUUCUUAACCUACGACCCGGACUUUACUCGACCCCAGCGCUUGAUGAUUAUCUUCACGACAAUCAUGUCCCAAAUGUUUAUCAAUGCCGUGCUGUAUCGUCUGCGUCAGCUCGAGCCCAACAUUGGCACGAUGAUCGUGAGUGGCCUCAUAUCGUCCGUCGUGAUGAUGCCGGUCACGCUGGCAUUUGUCAUGCUGUACAAAAAAUCGGCCAAAAAGCGCGAGUACCUUGUGCGGUAUCACUUGGAGGACAGCGAAAACGAGGUCGAAGUCCAAGUCGACGCGUAUGGCAAUCCAGUCGAGUACACGAAAUACCAAGUGCUGUGCAUGGAUUUGCACGCGGCAUUCAAUCGAGUCGAUGCGGCAUCAUACCAAGCCUGCCAUCGCGUGCUGCAGCAAGACGGCAUCGAUGGGACCAUGAUUGGAGCGCUGUCUCGAGCGAUCUUUAUUGUUGUGCACGGCCAUGACGUGUUUGAGCAGCCUCCGCCGCCUCUCGCGGACGAACUCGUGGUGAAGAGCAGCAUAUCUGACGUACGCCAGAAAAAGAGGUCGUCUCGGAAAAUGUCGCGCAAGACAGUGGUUGAACGCGACCCUGUCAUUUCCACCAUCCAAGCCGACAACAUCCUUCCGCCCGUCAACUCGCAUGAAGCGAUGGCAAAGUGCCUAGCUAUGUGGGGCAAUCAAGGCCUCCACACGGUGCUGAUGAAAGUCGAGCCCACGCAGCUGUCGCCUGCAGCUACCGCACAGCUAGCUGCCCAGACGAAACUGGCCACAGACAAGUUGAACUUGUCGCGGGCUGCGUCCGAAGUCGCCGACUUUGACGGAUGCCAUGCGCUGCUGGAAUACUGCGUCAAGUUCCACGAGUGCGCCGAGUGCUUUGCGAACGACAAUGUGUCCGUACUCCGCCACGCACAAGACGAAAUUCGACGUGCCAAGGAAGAGCUUGUUGCCGUCAAACAAUUGCUCAAGUCCCAAGCAUCUCAGCGAUUUGGAGGGACCGUCCGUCGCAGUCUCGGUCGUCUGUCCAAAUCCAGCAUGAACGAAACCAAAACAGUCGCGCUGCAUGCUGUGAAAGACCAGGUGAAGGUUGUCGUACACACGACGAAGCGGCACAUGUCAAAUGCAAACACCAGACAGAAACAAGCGCGCAAGUCGCUACAGAUGGAGCAAGUGCAGAUGAAGAAGCACUCCCAGGCAGAGAUCCAAGCUGUCCUGGCCAACUUGAAAGGGCUGCAGCGGUGGAAGAAGCGGUAUCAAAUGUACAUGGCAGACAAGGAAUCGAAGCGACUGGCUGCCAUGCCGUUGCACGAACGCCAGUUCUUUUUGAAGGAGACGGAGAAGCUGCGAAGCUUGCGGAUGACGUCGAGGCUGCUGUACAACCAGUUCCUACGCCGACAGCCCGAAAGACUGCCCAAGCCGCUCUUCCCGGCCUGGGUCAACUACAUUCUGUACGUCAUGUGCGCGUGCAUCGACGGGUUUGCUGCGUGGUUUGUCCUCCAGUUUGCGUUUACGAUUGGCGGGGAUCUCGCCAACGUGUUCAUUGGGUCGGUUGUGACUGGCUUGGUCAUGACAUGGGUCGUGAGCGACCCGAUCAAGAUUUUCUUCAAAAUGGGGAUCCUCCCGGUCUUUGCCACGGCGCUGCUCGCCAACACGGGCAUAUUUGACGCCUUGAGUGCGGAAACCUUUGCGUUGGGCGCGACCGCCGCGGUAGGAGUCGCUGGAGUCGCCAAGUUACGAGGCAAAAAAGCACAGGCGGCUGUCGACGCUGCCUUGCCUGGCGCGAAUUCUCCGAAGAAGAUGCAUGUGGCCAACGAAGCACUGGCUCGAGUCCGCCACGAGCUGUCCGAUAUGCCAAACGGAUCGCCCACUGAAGCUAUCGUGGCAGAAAUGGAAGCCGCGACACAGGUCGAGUAUCUCCAAGCAUGGGAGCAGGUACACGAAUCGUCGUUAGCGGCAGAGAAGCUCCCAGACGACGCGCUACUCAACGAGGCGGAGCGCAAGCGCCGGAGUGUCGUGAAGCGCACUGGGCCGACCCUUUCGUCGCUGCCACCGGCAACCAUCAACCACCCCGAUCAUGUGCUAUUCCCAGACAACUACAUGGACAUGCCAGCACCGUCCGACGUGUUGGUGGACGUCUCUGGGCCAUCCACUGGUCUUGUCCCAUUCUCGACAGAGACGUUCAACGGCGACGUGUGCCAAUGCGGCUCCCACGUCGCCCUGGCGGAUCGAGUGAAACACGUGACUCUUGAAUGCUCACACCGCAUGGUGCAGUGCCGAAACCCCGACUGCGGUCUCUUCAUGCCAGCGCGCGGCCUUGCUGGCCACGAAGGUAGUCAAUGCCGCCUCGUGCUGUGUGUGUGCGACCGCAUGAUUCCCAAAUACAAGUUACGCCAGCACCAGCUCUCAGACGAGUGCGCGGCCAAGAUUGUGCGCUGCCGGAUGGGCUGUGGCAUCGCCACGUUGUCCGUCAAACACCAAGAUAAACACGAGCGGACAGAAUGCCCCCUCCGUCCGAUGGAGUGUCCAAAAUGCCAUGUCGUGCUGCAAGUCCGUGACCAUCCUGCUCACGACCUUGAGUGCAUUGGUACCAACGACGUUGAAGCCCCGUCGCCAGUGCGGGUGAAAGGACCGGCGUUGGCUAUCGUCGCAGGCACGACCAAGCCCCUCCCCAAACGGAAGCAGUUGGCUCCCCUUCGGCUAACCAAGCGAGUGUACGUGGCGUCCAUGGCGGACGACGACUCUGACGCGGUCGGCAGCGACGAGCCCAAAGUGACUCCAAUGCGGAUCACUGGCCCGCCCUUGGCAGCGUCUCUAGUAGAGGCCCGAAUUCAAUCCGGACUCGCGUCCGCCGCCAAGAGUACGCUGGAAGAGCGAACAUUUCACAGGGCCCAGGCCCGCUCCUUCCUUCAGGAAAACACGCGCAGGGGUCAGUUCGACAGCACGGAAAACUCGCUGUUUGGCUCGAACGCCACGCAACCGUCCAAGCCAUCGGGUAGUGGUGCCAUGUCUCCGGCAGUCGCCGCACGGUCGAGUCCUUACAAGCUGAAGCAGAGGGCCAUGUAUCACGGCUCAGACGAUGAAGAAGAGGUCGCCGACGCGUAGUGUGGCGAUGGCAUGUGAGUCAAACAUGUCAACCGUUCGAAAGGCGAACUCAGCCUGGGCGAACCACUUCGCUGACGAAAGUGUCGGCUGUACAGAACGCCCGACGCGAUAGGUGAAAACGAAAGAAGCGGAUUUAUUCCACUCGUUUCAAGAAGCUGUAGGUGCAGGGCAUUGCUGCACAGAAUGCUGCAUUCGACAAUGCCACGACAAGUCGAGGCACGAGGCGAGUUAAGUUAAAGGAAAACGCUUGUUUUGGUGGCGAUGGGGGCUUUGCACAGUGGGCACAGGUCGGUGAUCUUGGUGGAGCAGGUUUGGCACAGGCAGAGGUGCUUGCACGGGAGGAGAAGCACCGUCUUCGUUUCGGUGAGGCAGACAACACAUUCAAGAGUCGACGAUGGGCAGUCUGGGGCUUCGCCUGCUUGACUUUUUUUGCCAAAGAAGUACUCUUGCGUUUUGGAGGCAGCUUCGGGGUUGCGUAAUAUCGUGCUUUCCACCAACGAACGGGCCUGCGAGAUGACGGCACACCCCCGGGUAAAGUUGUCUUGAGUUUGAAGCGCACCGGCAGUGUCGCCACGAAUGGCCUGAACGAGUGACUUGGCCUGGGACAAGCCAAUGCAAUGAUCGAGUGAGAAAGACAGAAAAUGUUUCUGCGUCUUCGCGGCUGCUGAAGGAUCGCGAAGGAUCGUCGACUCGACGAGGGAUCUCGCCUGCGAUACGACGGGGCAUCCCUUGGUGAAGUUGUCCUGCGUCUGGGCAGCGCCUUUCACGUCUCCCGUCAGCGCCUGGAACAGCGAUUUCGCCUGCGACACGAGCGGCACCGUGUCCACAGGAGACGCCGUUGACGCUUCGUCCGAGCUCAUUCGACAAAAUGCCAAGAAUUCCC